UCAAGCAUUGUUUUGUCAGCAAUUGCUGUCACUUGACGAGGGCUAAUUCCCAAGAUACAGCAUCUAAGAAUGUUCCUCAAUGUUUUGAUUGUGACUUCAAUCUUCAUCUACACUGUUUGCUCGGCCUCAGAUGAAGGUGACCGGCUAUGGGAUGUUACGUUGGAUCCACUACAGUUAAAUUAUGAUGCUGAAGGCUGGAUGACGAUUUGUCAUGAUGGUAUAAACCUUGAUGUAGCUCAUGUUGUGUGUAGGCAAAAAGGAUUCACUAAUGCUACUUCUUUAGAAAUAAGUAAUUUUAGAUUAUCAGUGUCUGAUUUUGUAAUCACCAAAGUUGUAUGUCCAUCAACUUCAAAUUACUUUUUAUAUGGUGAAACCAACAUUAUGCGUUGUAACAUUGCUGAUCCUGUAAAGAAGGAACAAGAAGCAUGUUCACUUGCAAAAAUUUCCUGUAAUACUGAUACAAUAAAGAAAACUGAUCCUUACAAGGGUCAAUUAUAUCUUGAUAGGACAGAGACUGAAUCACCAGCUGAUGGUGUGGUUGAAGUUUUUCUUGAUAAUGACUGGUAUCAUGUGUGCAAAACUAGUUUCACUGAUACUGUAGCCAACUCAAUAUGUAGACAGUAUGGAUACACAGGAAGUGAUUCUUGGACUACAGUAGAGCCUGCUUCUUCAGUGAAGGGUGUUCUAGUAACAGAAUACAGUUGUAAAACUAGUUCUUUUGAAUGUUUUUCUCACUGUAUACCAAGCACUUACAGUAUUGACAGCUGUGAGGAUCAUGUGACACUAACAUGCAGUUUUGAUGUCACUGAAAAGUAUAUAACAAGUGGGUCUCGAAGUCAGUGUGCUUUGGAUGAGUGCAGUCAGUGUGAAAAAUCACUUCAAAAUUACAGAAUUAUUACAGGAUCUCUCAGUUCACUGCUUUUAUUCAGUGUCGUUGUAUUUCUUAUUAUAGUCAUUUGGUUCUGUUGUAAAAAAAAAUGCUGCUGUUGCUGCAGAAAAGAUUAUGCAAAUCUUCCUGAUCAUCGUGUUAGAUAUCGAGUAGAUGGUGACAGAAAUGAUGAAUGAGAUGUGAAUUUUCUCUAUAUUUAAUUAAAUAAUUUUUUACCCGUGAUAUAUAUGAAAUCGAUUUAAUUACUAGAUUUAUUUUGUAUUACUUUUAUAAAACACUGUUAUUUGUAUUAGUUUAAUUGAACACUGUA